CUUAGUUCUGCAUUGUCUGGCUUCUCAGACAAGGACUCGCUAUGGCCUCCCAGGAACAAUAUCACAAGGGAGCCGAGGCUGGUCUUGCCGACUCGACGCACUCCUCCGAUGCCAAGGGCAAUGCCACUCCUCGGUACAGCUCUGACGACGAGAUCAUCCUCACGGGCAAGACGAGUCCUGGUGUGAGGCGUGUUGAGCAACUCUCCAAGCACAUUACCUUUACCGACCGAGUGUUCUUGUUCAUCACCAUCUUUGUGUUGGCCUAUGUCUACACUCUGGACAACACGCUGAGAUAUACCUACCAGCCAUAUGCCACAGCAAGCUACUCGCAACACUCCUUGCUUGCAACUGUCGCUGUCGUGAGAGGUGUUGCCGCCGCUGCAGCACAACCAACGGCAGCCAAGAUUGCCGAUGUCUUUGGUCGUGCUGAGUUGUUGAUCGUUACGGUCGUUUUCUACCUCGUCGGAUCAAUCGUCGAGACCUUCUCCAAUGGCGUUCACUCGUUCGCCGCGGGUGCGGUACUCUUCCAAAUUGGCUGGACACUCGUUGUCCUCCUCGUCGAGAUCAUCAUCGCCGACAUUACCUCACUCCGAGCUCGUCUCUUCUUCUCGUACAUCCCCAAUGCGCCAUACCUGAUCAACACAUGGGUUGCGGGCAACAUCGCCAACGCCGUCCUCGGCGUCACCUCCUGGAGAUGGGGAAUCGGCAUGUUCGCCAUCAUCUUCCCGGUCGUCGUUGCACCCGUCUUCCUCUGCCUGUGGCUUGCUCACCGCCGUGCGAAGCGACACGAAGAUCUCGCCGACUACCAGACACCCUUCCAGAUGCUCGGCUUCCCCAAGCUCAUGGUCUCGCUCUUCUGGCAACUCGACGUCAUCUCCAUCGUCCUCGUCAUGGGCGCUCUCGGCUGUCUCCUCGUCCCGUUCACCCUCGCUGGAGACGGCGCUCAAGCAUGGAGCGAACCUCAUAUCGUUGCUCCAAUCGUCAUCGGCUUCGUUCUCUUCCCCAUCUUCUUCUUCUGGCAGACCAAGGCCCCUCAUCCCAUGCUUCCGUACCACCUCCUCCGCGACCGCGCCGUCUGGGGUCCUCUUUGCAUGGGUCUCAUGAUCAACAUGACCUGGUACAUGCAAGGCGACUACCUCUACACCGUCACGGUCGUCGCCUUCGACCAGUCCAUCCUCUCCGCCACCCGCAUCACCGGUCUCUACACCUUCGUCUCCGUCCUCACCGGCAUCAUCGCCGGUCUGGUCGUCUUCUUCGUCCGCCGUCUGAAACCCUUCAUCUUCGCCGGCACAGUCCUUUACCUCGUCGCGUUCGGCCUGCUCAUCCACUACCGCGGCGGCGCCUCGCCGGCCAAUCUCUCCGGCUUGAUCGGCGCACAAGUCCUCCUCGGCAUCGGCGGCGGUCUCUUCCCCUUCCCCGCCCAAGCCUCCAUCCAAGCGGCCACCCAACACGAACACGUCGCCAUCGUCACCGCCCUCUUCCUCGCCCUCUACAACGUCGGUUCCGCUUUCGGCGGCGCCAUCAGCGGUGCCAUCUGGCGCCAAACUCUGCCGGGUUCUCUGAACACCAACCUCGCCGCGGUCUCCUCCAAUGCCACGGCCAUCGCCUCCGCCAUGUACGCCAACCCCUUCGUCACCGUCUACGAGUACCCAAUCGGUACACCCGAGCGCGAAGCCAUCAUCUUGUCCUACCGCCACUGUCAGCGUUUGUUGACCAUCACCGGUAUCUGCCUGUGUGUUCCGCUAGUCAUCUUCGGUCUCUGCACCCGCAACCCGAGAUUGCCGGACACGCAGUCUAUCGCUACGGCGGAGAUGUCGAGCCAGGAGAACUUGGUCAGUGAUGACAAGGGGAAUAUUUCGAGGGUCGAGAGUGCGCCUGUGCAGAGGAGUUUUGGGAAGAAGGUUGUGGACUUUUUGAUCAAGUAG